AUGCCCUUCACGUUAUCAGUACCAAGGCCAGAGGUUGAACCUUCUCGACCUCAACAUAUUCAAAGAGCGAACAGCCCUUUGGCGGCAAACCAUACUGCAACUACCACAAAUCAUUAUCCUCGAAGGCAAAGAAAUGUAUUUAGUACAUUAACAGAAUUGAUACAAACGAAUUCAAUGGUCCGUUAUGGUACCUUAAUAUUUUUAGUAGCGUUGAUUAGUGUAUUAUACUUUGCUACGACACAUCAGGCAAUUAGACCAACAGGCUCGGGUCCAACAAUAAUAAGUGAAUAUUUAACCGUCGCGCCAGAUAAACCUCCAACCAGGUCAUUAGAAGAUGGAUUUCCUAUAUCAGAAGGUAGUACUGAACCAUUUGGUUCUUUUGAAGCUUCUGGCAAAGGAGAUGUGCAACAAGUAGUUGAAGGUAAACUUCAUAAUAAUACAAAUCAAGGUAUAAGGGGUGUAUUAUAUGAUCGUGGAGAUGGUUGUCAAAGUAUUAAAUUUAAUACGGCCGAUUCACCACCUACGGGGAUUGUUCCAUCAAUUCCAUUACCCAACGUCUUCACACCUUAUAAAAUUAGUUUAAUAUCUUCUGAUGUAUCAAAUUGUAUGUUCGAUCAAAAAAUCACCAUGUCAAAGAGCGAUGGUGAUAAAGCGAUAAUCGUUCUUGUAGAAAGUAAUUCGGAUGAAGAAUAUUUAUUAGCGUUAAACUCUGAUAUUCCUAUAUUUACCAUCAAUAAAUCAUCAGGUGAAAGUUUUAAAACGGAAUUAGAGAGGUUAUAUCAGGCAAAACCCAAUGAUUCAUCAUCAUUAUAUAAGGUAUUAAUUGUAACCUUAAAACCUUAUCGUCAAUUUGUUGUCAAUUCUUGGCUAUUUGCCAUGUUUGCUGUUGGUGGUAUUUUAGUUGCAUCAUUCUUUGUUUCCAUUUUAAUUCACAUGAGAUUAUAUCGUUUAAGAAGGAAUCAACAGCUUGAAAUCAGAAGGCAACGAGCUGCUGAUGAAGUUUUAGGGAUGAAAAAAUGGACGUUGGAAAAAGAUAUCAUCGACACCUUUCCUAUCAUCAUUUAUGAUAAAAAAUCUGGUUCAACUUCAGAGGAGCAAAAGAUUUCUUCUGAUAUGGACAACUUCACCGUACAAUUUCCACUCGAUCAACACGUUCAACAAAGUCAACAAGAUAUCACAACCAUCCCAGCUAAUCAAACUUCUCCAACAGUAACGAGUGCUUCAACUGAUGAUGAUACAGAUACAUGUGCAAUAUGUUUGGAGGAUUUUGAAAAUGGAGAAGAAAUAAGAGAAUUACCUUGUAAACAUUGGUAUCAUAUAGAAUGUAUUGAUCCUUGGUUAACAACAAAAAGUAGUUCGUGUCCUUUAUGCAAAAAAGAUUGUAGACCAAAUCAAAAUGAUGAAAUUAUUAUUGAUGGUUUAACAAGUCAAGAAGAUAGCAAUAAUGAAAGCGAUGUCAAUAAUGUUUUUGUUAGAAUGGGUAAAGUAUUUGGUAGAUUGUUUGGGAAGAGGUCAACAAGUGUAAGGCCAGCAGAUACACGACAACAACCGAAUGAUAGUACUGUAGUUGAACUAGCAUAG